UCGUCUAACGACGUAUGCGUUAAAAUUAAAUCCAGCCGGAGGCCGACGGCUACGUCUUGCCGACGGCGACGACGACGGCGACGUCGCGAUGAGAUGCGUCCUCUAGCUCAGUCUCAAGAGCACACCCUGGCUGUACGGAUGUUCUGAUCUUCAAUAUAUUUACCCCGUUUUUUCGUGCUUUUAUCGUCGAUUUCAUCGAUAAUACGUUCGACAAAUUCCUUCGCAAUUGGCGGCAGAUUUACUUGUUGAGGUGCAGAUUCACUUGUUGAGAAACAACAAAUUUUUGCUGUUCUCUUCAUUCUAUUCCUUCUAUCGCUCCUACUUCGCUUGAGCACGAGAUGGAUCGAGAUGAUGAAGACUUUGGAGAGGGUUUCAUCACAGAAUCUCAUCCACUUCGGCCAACGCAUCUUUCUGUUCCCCUCAGUGGCCGACCGGAUUCCAGAGCACCUAGUAUCAGCAGCAGUGUUAGUGAUAUGGAUGUACCAAUUUAUACAAGAGAAACUACUAUACCUGUUUCCGGUGGAAAAGGUCUAAAUGGACGGCUAGCAUUUGCUAUUGCUGCUGCUGCACUUGGAUCAUCGUUUCAACAUGGGUAUAACACUGGUGUCGUUAAUGCACCUCAGCAGCUCAUCGAGGACUGGAUCCGUGACCUGAAAAUGAACCGUACUGGUCAACCAACAAAACAGUCAGAAGUAACGAUGAUAUGGUCGAUAGCGGUGUCAAUAUUCUGCGUAGGUGGAAUGAUCGGUGGUUCUAUGGUGGGUUCGAUUGCCGAUCGUUUUGGUAGGAAGGGUGGUUUAUUACUGAACAACAUCCUGGUCCUCCUCACAGUAAUUCUCGAGGGCUGCGCCAAAUCAGCGGGAAGUUACGAGAUGAUAAUCAUCGGAAGAUUUCUAAUCGGUAUCAAUGCAGGAUUAAAUGCUGGUCUAGCGCCCAUGUAUUUAUCUGAAAUAUCACCUAUUCAUCUACGUGGAGCCGUUGGUACGGUUUAUCAGCUGGUUAUCACUAUGUCUAUUCUGGUAUCACAGAUUCUUGGAUUAGAACAAAUUUUGGGUACGGGUGACCAAUGGCCGCUUCUUUUAUGUCUGACGAUUGUUCCUGCAAUCUUCCAAGUAAUUACUCUGCCAAUGUGCCCUGAAAGUCCGAAAUAUUUGUUACUGAGUAAAGGAAAGGAUAUGGAAGCUCAGAAAGCUUUGUCCUGGUUGCGUGGCACAAUUGAAGUUCACGAUGAAAUGGGUGAAAUGAAGGCGGAAUAUGAAUCGGUUAAACUUGUGCCAAAGGUCACAUUGAGGGAACUAUUUAUAAAUCCUGCUCUUCGAAUUCCAUUGAUAAUUGCUCUUAUGGUUAUGUUCGCCCAACAAUUGUCCGGUAUAAAUGCCGUGAUGUUCUUUUCGACAAAGAUCUUUACGAUGGCACAGUUGGAUAAAAAUGCAGCUCAAAAUGCAACAAUGGGCGUCGGAGCAAUGAAUGUUCUUAUGACUUUUAUAUCUUUGAUACUCGUUGAACGAACUGGAAGAAAAACUUUAAUGUUGAUUGGGUUCACUGGAAUGUUUAUCGAUACCGCCUUACUCUCGAUUUGUCUUGCUUUCGCAGAUACAUCUCGUACAGCAGCUUAUUUCUCGAUUGUAUUAGUAAUCAUGUUUGUAGUCCUAUUUGCGACUGGACCAGGUAGUAUCCCUUGGUUUUUAGUGUCCGAAUUGUUUAAUCAAUCUGCGAGACCUGCGGCGACGUCUGUUGCCAUCGCUGUCAAUUGGACAGCAAAUUUUAUCGUCAGUAUUGGAUUCCUACCAUUACAAGAGGCACUAGGUGCUUAUGUAUUCAUCAUUUUCGCUGCAUUACAAGCAUUCUUUGUUUUCUUCAUUUACAAGAAAGUACCAGAGACGAAGAACAAAACGAUGGAGGAGAUUAGUAGCAUGUUUCGACAAAUAUCGUACCAGUAAGAAUUCCUAUAUUGCUAUUGCGCUUAAGAAAUAAUUACAAUACUUAUUUUUAAAGGAACGUUUGCAGAGAUGAAUGAAUCGAACGUAGAUGCGAAUUUCUUUAAAGAAUUCGUGACUUGACUAUAACGAAUACAUCCAUGUUUAAUAUGUAUAACGUCACUGCGUUUUCAUAAACAUUAUCUACACAGAUUGUUUAAUGAAACAUUAACACGAAAAAAUGUGCUUUUACUUUGUAACAAAUCAAAAGAAUAUAGAAAGCGAGAAAUUUAUUUUAAUUUCAUAUAUAGUCUAGACGUUGUCAAGUCGCGUAUAUUUUUUAAGAAAUUUGACUUUGAAUUAAGCUUAAAUUUAGUUCCUAUUAUUACCGGCACAAUGAACUUAUAGCGACAUACGAGAAAAUAGUAUCAGAUCAUAAACAAGGAAGCUCGGUAUUAAUCUUAACAAAUUUGCUCGUUUCUUUUUAAUUUUCUGUUUUUCUCUUUGUAGACAAACAUCGAACGAAAUUAAUAAUAAGGUUUUAAGGAAUUAAACGAAUUUAGUUUUAGGGAAUUAAAUGAAGCUCAACCAUAAAGGGACAAAUAUUUUAUUUAUAA